GUUUACACUCCAAAAGAGUUACUUCCCUUAUAAGAGGCAACGACAUUUGCAUCGUUGUGUGCGUUGGUUAUGAAAAGUUAUUUUUUUUUGGUUCUGUAGUUAAAUCAUCGAGUAAGACUUACGUAACUUAUUAAUACCUUGAUAGUUCGUGGCAUUUAACAUUCCAUAGAUACCAGCAUAGAUACCAGCAUGGCAGAGAAGACAGAAACUGAAGAAGGGAAUGAAAUUCAAAAACAAUUGAGUGGAUCAGACAAGGAGAAACAGUUAAGCGAUAAUGAUGGUGCAUCUUCAAGUCACCAUACCUCAGGGAAGUCUGACAAUCUAGAAGACUUGUUUGCAACAUUAAAGCAACAAAUUUCAAGUUCAGACUGGCUGGAAAAAAACACAUCAGAAAAAUGGGUGAAAGACAACCCUGAGUUAGCAAAACAAUACAUGGAAGCUGCAAAUAAGUCCUGACAGAGCGGACAGGUAAGAUGUGUUGUCCUGACAGAGCGGACAGCAUGUACAAGAUCAGGAGUGCAAGACGUGAUAUGUGAAAUAAACUUAAAAUUACUUCAACACUACUUUGACUCUUGGAAUAUUUUAAUUGUUUACAAACUUUACAUACAGAUGAAAUUACUUUAUACAGUGGAACUGCUAGCAUAAGGUUGUUAGAACGUUUUUGAAAGGUUAAACACAGAACUUUAUACAAGAGGUUUUUAUAGAAGCAUUUUCUUUGUUGUAAUAUUCCAUUAUGUAAAUUACAUUUAGUGAGAAAUAAAGAUGAAAACUGUCA